GGUUCCAACUUCCAAAUUGCCGGUGCCUCUAAGUUUUUUUCCCCAACAAAAUUACCAGAAAUACAGACCAAAACACAAAAAUGGCAACUUCAUUUCUCUCUACUGCAAACGCCUUCCUCUCCUCCACUCUAGCCUCUUCCUCAUCAUCACCAUCAUCUUCCUCGUCUUCAUUAUCAGUUUGCCCUCACAAACGCAAUGCCAAAAGGCAACAACUAACUGCUCUUUCCAAGGCUUUCACUGAGUCGCCAUUACCUUCAUCAUGUUUAACGAAAAGAAGCCUCUCAGUUUGCUUCAUUUCAAGCUUUGUUUUCUCAAUGGGUGGUAAAGGCUGUUUUGAUGCCAAUGCAGCUAUAUUAGAAGCCGAUGACGAUCAAGAGCUCUUGGAGAAAGUCAAGAGAGACAGAAAGAAGAGACUUGAAAGACAAGGUGUUAUCAGCUCCUCCAAAGUAGAAACAGGAUAUUUGCAGGAUCUGGUUUACAAGCUGAGUAAAGUGGGUCAAGCCAUAGACAACAACGACCUGUCUACUGCUAGUUCAGUUCUUGGUAGAAGCACUGAUACAGAUUGGGUCCAAAAAGUAAAUACAGCCUUCACCAAGCUGAGCUCUAGUCCUGAAGCAAAGACUGAGGUGGAUACCUUCAAUUCCUCAUUAGCUUCAUUAAUUUCUUCAGUUACUAAAAAUGAUAUUGAGUCCUCGAAAGUUGCUUUUGUGGCAUCAGCCAGAGCAUUCGAAAAAUGGACAUCCUUGACUGGACUGCUUGAACAGCUUAAGGGACUGUGAAGGAAAGGAAAGGGAGAUGAAGAUUUUAUUCUUUUUCUUUUUUGUUUCUUUCGCAGAGAGAACAACCUAAAGCUUCAUUUAUUCUACACCAGGUGAAUUCGUUUGUAUCUUCCAUCAACCGCACAACGGUUUCCCCAAUCCUUAAGAUUUGAGAUUUACAGGUUAUCUCAAUUGAAUGUGAGUUUAAGGUGUAAAUCAUUUAUUGAUGUCCUUGAGCCGAUGCAAAGUUUGAUGUAAAAUAUUCUUUACAAUUUGACUAACCUGUGACAAGCAAAUUCCAUA